CAAACCAGCGCAUAAUCCACUGGGGUCUGUGUAACAACUAUCCAUUUUUCAUUUGUUAGUUUUUGGAUAUGGAAUUCAACAACUUCUAAAGCUCAGCAGGUCCAUAGUGGAGAAUGUGUGGUUGCUGAAUACCCCAACACUGCAUGUGUCCCCUUAUUUUGAGGAGCCUUGCAUUCACUCUAUCUUUUUGGACGUGUAGAGCUUCUAUAAUGUCGACAGAAGUGGAGACCAUGCCUCCUGCAGAACCCCCCACGGAGCCCACAGUGCCUGCCACUGAACCUGAUAUCAGCCCAUCAACAACAACUGAAACCACUACAAAUUCCUCAGGCAAAUCUACAUUUUUCUCUAGAGACAAGAAGAAAGCUCCAGAGAAGACUGAUGAGUUCCUGCUGGCCAGGUUUCAGGGAGAUGGUGUUCGCUAUAAAGCCAAACUGAUUGGCAUUGAUGAUGUGCCUGAAGCCAGAGGGGAUAAAAUGAGCCAGGACUCCAUGAUGAAAUUGAAGGGCAUGGCAGUAGCUGCUCGUUCCCAAGGCAAGCACAAGCAAAAGAUAUGGGUGAACAUCUCUCUAGAAGGAAUUAAAAUCAUCGAUGAGAAGACUGGCGUGAUUGAACAUGAGCAUGCAGUUAACAAGAUCUCCUUCAUCGCUCGAGAUAUCACUGACAACAGAGCAUUUGGAUAUGUGUGUGGCGCAGAAGGCCAGCAUCAGUUCUUUGCCAUUAAGACAGCCCAGCAGGCACAACCUUUGGUCGUGGACCUAAAAGAUCUCUUCCAGGUAAUCUUCAACACAAAGAAGAAGGAGUCAGAGGCUGCAGAGAAGGAUAAAACGAACACUGUUGUAGAAAAUGGAAGUGAUGCUUUGCUUAGCCUGGAUGACCAAGUGAAGAGUGUAAAAUCUGUGGAGCAGAUGGAUCUUUUUGGAGACAUGUCCACACCUCCAGAUAUCAACUCUCCCAUGGAUUCUUGGACAAAUCACAUAGGGUCUCCUGAAAAUGACAUGUUUGGAGCAAGUUUGUUUGCCCCUCCCACCCAAAAUGUUGCUUCAUCCACAACUCAGUCCAGCUCAUCUAUUCCAGCAGAUGUUUUCAAUACACCUACCACCACCUCCAUAGCUUCUCUCGGUUCUAUGUUUUUUGGACCACCAUCUGUUCCAGGGACAAGUCCAUGGGGUCAGCCUGCACCCUCAAUGUUUCCACCUCAAGGCUGUGUCCCUCAGGCACCAAUUCAUGGUGCACCACAAAGUUCUUUCUCUCAGGUUCCUGCAUUUGGUGCAGCAUUGGUUCCUCAGUGGGGACAGCAAGCACCUUCCACCCAAGCCUGGGGCCAACCAGCACCCACAGUCUCUAUGGGUGCUUGGCCUCAGUCUGGCCCCACAUCUAACCAGUUUCAGCAAAGUCCUUUUAUUCCCAUGUUGGCUUCUCCAGGAGGAAUAAUGGCAAGUCGGCCACCCUCAGAGGUCUCUACUCGGCCUCCCCCUCCGCCUCCGGUGAAAGAAGAGUCAUCUGCCAUUAAGAAUGCCUUCUCAACUUUGGAUCCACUUGGAGGGAAGGAACAGAAGUCUGGGAGGGACAUGUUUAAAGAUUUCCAGAUAGCCAGACCUGGAAGUGGCAGCCUUUCUAGUGCAAGCACCAAUGGCUCCUUUGAGCAGUACUUUUCUAGCAAAGUUGGCGUAGCCCAAGAAGCAGCUGAUCAUGACGACUUUGAAAUUAAGCAUCUCUCCGCAAAAGCAACUGAGCCUAUUAAACCUGCAGUUCAGUCGGCCCCAGUGAUUGCUGGUCCAGCUCAGGCUUCAAGCUUAACCCCUAUGGGAGGUCUCAUUGAUGUUGCUUUCACUCCUAAUCAGACUCCAGUCUCAUCAGGCCCAGGUCCCACUACAACUGAUGCUCUUUUUGAUGACACUUUUGGAGCACCGCUUACAACUACAGGUGGUCCAGCCAUGCAAACCACUGCAAAAGCUGAUCCCUUUGGAGAUCCAUUUGGAGGAAAUCCUUUUGCCUGAACCUUGUCAUACAGUAUAUUCUGUACUGUUGAGAUUAUUACUCAUCUAGUGUGGGAGCAAACAGCCUUCAUAUGCAGCACAUUGAACUGAAUGCAAAUGCACAGAAAAAGUACUUUUUUUCUACACUCCAUCAACCACAUAUUUCUUUCUUCCUCUGUGUGUUUUCAGGCCAGUCUACCCUCUCUUAAAUAAAACUGGCACUGUUUGCCAAUAUGACUAAAUGUGUUUGUAAAAAACAUGGAAGAUGAAUAUAAAACAAGAAAUGAAAGUCUGUUUAUGCAAGAUGCUGUAUUAAAGAAAGCAUAAAGUUA